CCCCGCCUUUGCAGCCCCAACCUGCAGCUGAUCGAGGGGGACGCGCAGCAGCUGGGGGGCACCAUCGCCUUCACCUGCCGCCUGGCCGAGAACGUCAGCAGCAAGGUCCGGCAGCUGGACCUGGCCAAGAACCGCCUCUAUCAGGCCAUCCAGAGAGCAGACGACAUCUUGGACCUGAAGUUCUGCACAGACGGCGUUCAGGCGGCGCUACGGAGCGAAGAUUAUGAGCAAGCGGCAGCCCACAUUCAUCGCUACCUUUCUUUAGACAAAUCGGUCAUUGAGCUGAGCAGGCAGGGUCAGGAGGGCACCAUAACUGAUGCCAACUUGAAGCUCCUGCAGGAAGCAGAACAGCAGCUGAAGAGAAUUGUUACUGAGAAAUUUGAUGCUGCCAUGAAGCAGGAAGACCUGCCACAAGUAGAACGCUUCUUCAAGAUCUUCCCCCUGCUAGGUCUGCAUGAAGAAGGGCUGAGUAACUUCUCCAAAUACCUUUGCAAACAGGUUGCUAACAAAGCAGAAGAGAAUUUACAGUUAGCAUUGCAGACCGACACAACGGACCGAAGAGCUGCAGUCCUUUUUGCAGACACGCUGACACUCCUCUUUGAAGGGAUCGCACGCAUUGUGGAGACCCAUCAGCCCAUUGUGGAGACGUACUACGGGCCUGGCAGGCUUUAUGCCUUGAUCAAGCACCUGCAAGCAGAAUGUGACCAGCAGGUGGAGAAGGUUGUGGAGAAGUUUAUCCAGCAGAGAGACUAUCGUAGGCAGUUCCAGCAUGUUCAGAGCAGCGCGAUGAGGAGUGCGGUGGGAGAGAAAAUCGAACCAAGGGAGCUUGACCCUAUUUUAACCGAGGUCACCUUGAUGAAUGCCCGGAGUGAACUUUAUCUGAGAUUCAUCAGGAGGCGCAUCAUCUCUGACUUUGAUGUGGGAGAUUCUAUGGCUUCCGAGGAGGUGAAGCAAGAGCAUCAGAAGUGCCUGGACAAACUGCUCAACAAUUGCUUUCUGAGCUGUGCCAUGCAAGAGCUGAUUGGCUACUACAUCACCAUGGAAGAGUACUUUAUGAGAGAGACUGUUAAUAAGGCUGUGGCGAUGGACACCUGUGAGAAGGGUCAGCUAACCUCCAGCAUGGUGGACGAUGUUUUCUACAUAGUGAAGAAAUGCAUUGGGAGAGCUCUUUCCAGUUCCAGCAUUGACUGUCUCUGUGCCAUGAUCAACCAUUCCAUCGCUGAGCUCGAGUCAGAGUUCAGGGAAGUCCUGGGCAACAAGCUGAAAAUGGGCUUCCCGGCCACCCCUUUCCAGGACUUCCAGAGGGGCGUGACCAGCGCCGUGAGCCUCAUGCAGAGCAGCCUCCAGCAGGGCAAGUUCGACCCCAAAGGCAUUGAGAGCGCCGACGAGGCCAAGCGGUCCUUCCUGGUGACUUUAAACAAUGUGGAGGCCUGCAGCGAGAACAUCAUGACGCUGAAGAAGACCCUGGAGAGCGACUGUUCCGAGCUCCUCAGCCAGGGCUUUGGAGGAGAACAGGCUCGGCCCAAGUUGGAUAGCUGCCUUUCUGACAUGGCUGCAGUCUCCAGCAAGUUUCGCGACCUGCUGCAGGAAGGCCUGAAUGAACUCACAAACUCAGCAGUCAAACCACAGGUGAAACCCUGGAUUAACCUCUUCCUGUCUGUCUCCCACAACAUCGAGGAGGAAGAGUUCAAUGACUACGAAGCCAACGACCCCUGGGUACAGCAGUUCAUUCUGAACCUGGAGCAGCAAAUGGUGGAGUUCAAGGCAGGACUCUCGCCUGCGAUCUAUGACAGCCUCACCAGCCUGAUGACCAACCUAGUUGCUCUGGAGCUGGAGAAGGUUGUUCUCAAGUCCACCUUCAGUCGGGUAAGGAGGGGCAGAAAGCUGACCAGCAAGGCCAACCUGCAGGCACGGUUGCCAAGCAUGCCAGUAUUAAAAUCUGAGUGUUAUUUUUUUGCCCACGCUUCGUGACCCAAGUCCUACCAAAGCAACCAGAAUGUAAAGCUUGGGUCAUCUAGCCCAGCCUCCUGUGCCACACAGGAAUCUAGUGCGACAGCAUCCCUGGUAGUCAGCCAUCUGUCCUCUUUCUCAAGACCUCUGGCGAAGGCUACUCUUUUGCAUACCAGUCUGUUUCAUUGUUGAACAGGUCUUAACAUGAGGGUUUUUUUUUCUUAUCUCCAACCAGUAUCAUCUACCUUGUAAUAGAAGCCUGUAGUUUCUUUUUCUGUCCUAUAGAAUAACUCCAGAGUGCCCCACCUUCUGCAUUGCAGCAUGUCAGAUACUUGAAGAAUAUACUAUCCUGUCACCCCUCUGC